AUGUCAGUGUUUGUAAGAAGCAGGAGCAGAAGAAGAAGCAUACUCUCUGAAUCAGAUGUCAACCUACACCGCAGCUCCGCCGCCGAGAUACGCGGUGCCUGUGAAGGACGAAGACUACCAGGAGGAGGAGGACAGCAAGGAUUCAGUGCUACUGGUGGCUCUCUGCCCCUGCCUGGUUUGCUUAAUUCUGCUCUUGAUUGUAGUCUCCAUCGUUCUCAUGGUCAAAUUCCGUUUCUUUUGCCACACCCCACUUCACUCUUUACUUUACAAGAACAAAUGCUAGCUUCAUCUUCUUCAGUUAUCUCGGCUUUCUCAAUUUCAACUAAACCAUGUGGUCAUUUACUAGCAAAUAAGGUUAAUUUUCAUAGGGGGUUUUCUAGUGUCACCCAUGGUGAUGAGGAGGAGGAGGAGGAGGAUGGAGGUGGUGAAAAUGAGGAGGUUAGUGUUGUUAGUUCAAGUGCUGACCCGGAGGAGGUUGAUAGGGUGUGUAAGGUGAUUGACGAGUUGUUCGCAUUAGAUAGGAAUAUGGAGGCGGUUCUUGAUGAAUGCGGUGUUGAAUUAUCUCAUGAUUUAGUCGUGGAUGUCUUGAAACGCUUCCACCAUGCUAGAAAACCUGCAUUUCGGUUUUUCUGUUGGGCUGGGGAGAAGCCAGGUUUCCAACAUGAUUCCAGGACUUAUAAUUUUAUGAUGAGUAUUUUAGGGAAGACUAGACAGUUUGAGACUAUGGUGUCGCUGCUCGAAGAAAUGGGAGUCAAAGGACUGUUGACUAUGGAAACUUUUGUGAUUGCUAUUAAAGCUUUUGCCGCUGCCAAAGAGAGGAAGAAAGCUGUUGGCAUCUUUGAGCUUAUGAAGUAUUACAAUUUCAAAUAUGGUGUCAAUACUGUAAAUUGUUUGCUUGAUUCUCUCGGAAGGGCAAAGCUAGGGAAAGAAAUGCAGGUUCUUUUUGACAGGUUGAAAGGGGAGUUUACCCCAAAUUUACAAACUUAUGCAGUGCUGCUUGACGGGUGGUGCAGGGUGAAGAAUUUGCUGGAGGCCGGGAGGGUGUGGAACGAAAUGAUUGAUAAGGGGUUUGAACCUGAUGUUGUUACACAUAAUAUUAUGCUUGGAGGUUUGUUGAGGAGUCACAAGAGGUCUGAUGCUAUCAAGUUGUAUGAGAUCAUGAAAGCCAAGGGUCCAUCACCUAAUGUUAGAAGCUAUAGUAUUCUGAUUCAGAACUUCUGUAAGCAGAAACAGAUGAAAGAAGCAAUCCGCUUUUUUGAUGAAAUGCGUGAAUCUGGGUGCCAGCCAAGUGUUGUGGUUUACACAAACUUAAUCACAGGGUUUGGAAAUCAGAACAAGAUGGAUAUAGUUCAUGGAUUGUUGAAAGCGAUGAAGGAAGAUGGUUGCACUCCUGAUGGGGUGACCUACAAUGCCUUGAUCAAAUUGAUGACGAGGCAGAGAAUGCCGGAUGAUGCGGUCAGGAUAUACAAGAAGAUGAUUCAAAAUGGUGUUGAGCCAUCAAUACACACCUAUGUCAUGAUAAUGAAGUCUUAUUUUCAGACAAGAAAUUAUGAUAUGGGUCGUGCAGUAUGGGAGGAGAUGAUUGAGAAGGGGUGUUGUCCGGAUGAUAACGCAUAUACUGUUCUCAUUGGAGGUCUUAUAUGCCAAGGAAGAACGGGGGAGGCCUGCAAAUUUCUAGAGGAAAUGAUAGAGAAAGGAAUGAAAAUUCCUCAGCUAGACUUCAACAAGUUUGCUGCCGACUUCUCCAGAGCUGGGAAACCUGACAUACUUGUGGAAAUGGCUCGAAAGAUGAAGCUCGCUGGUAAGUUUGAACUCUCCAAUGUCUUUGCUAGGUGGGCUGAGAUGACGAAGAAAAACUUAAAAGGAAGAGAUCCUGAUGAAACAAGCGAUCAAGGAAUCUAUUUUACUUCCCAUGGUUCCAUCCAUGAUACUAGGUCUUAAUAUGGCAGAGGCAUCAGGAUAAUCAAGGGCCGAGCAGAACAUGAAGAUUUCCCUAGGGUUACCAAAACACUGGUAUGCAGUCCUGAGACUCCUGACAAAAUUCUUUUACAUGUACUUUACUGAGUUAACUUAGGUGUACUUGACCUUCGUUUUUGUUGGUGUGAAUUGAAUUGCUUUUUUUUUUGAAGUUAUAGCUUGAAUAUGUCAUAAAAUUCCUUGUAUUAUACUGUUACCUCCCCUCCCUUUGUUGUAAUCAGAUAAUAUUGUUGGUGAUGAACAGAGCAUCCCAUAUUC